CACAUCACAAAAAAAUAAAUGCACAUCAAGAAUUUAAUUUUGUCAUGAUAAGACAGUCCCGGCGUUCCAUACUUGCUCAUAUAAUAUCCGUACAAUGACACCUCUUUUCCAGUAACUGCAGUCGACGAAUUUGUGCUGAAAAAAGACGCCAAGCUAUAUAGUCAUGAAUCAGACACAGGAAAUACCAGUAGCAAAUAUUAGUUUCCCAGACGAAGAGGAAAAAAUCCUUAAAUAUUGGAGAGAAAUAGAUGCUUUUCAAACUUCCUUAAAACAUUCAUCAGGGAAACCAAGGUACACAUUUUAUGAUGGUCCACCCUUUCCAACUGGAUUGCCUCAUUAUGGACACAUUCUGGGAGGAACAGUAAAGGACGUAGUUACCCGCUGGGCUCACCAGACGGGCUACCACGUGGAGAGAAGGUUUGGAUGGGAUUGUCAUGGUCUCCCCGUGGAAUAUGAGAUAGACAAAACUUUAGGAAUCAAAUGUCCCAAGGAUGUUAGGAAGAUGGGGAUUAAAGCUUACAAUGAUGAAUGUAGAAAAAUUGUCAUGAGAUAUUCCACUGAAUGGCAGGAGAUCGUGACCCGACUGGGACGAUGGAUCGACUUUGACAACGACUACAAGACAAUGUACCCCUCCUUUAUAGAGAGCAUUUGGUGGGUGACUAAAGAGCUGCAUAGACGAGGUUUGUUGUAUAAAGACACAAAGAUUGUGCCCUAUUCCACUGCCUGCAACACCCCUCUGUCAAAUUUUGAGGCUGUACAGAAUUGUAAGCUUGUGGAGGACCCAUCAGUCAUUGUUACAUUCCCUCUACUAGAUGAGCCAAAUGUUGCUUUGAUUGCUUGGACAGCAUCUCCAUGGACAUUGCCAAGCAAUUUAUCCCUUUGUGUGAAUCCAAAUAUGAACUAUGUCAAAAUUAAAGAUAAUGCCACAGAAAAGGUGUUCAUUAUGAUGGAAGCUAGACUGGAGACUCUAUUCAAGAAGAAUGACGAGUAUACAGUUUUAAAGAAAUAUGAAGGAUUGGCUCUUGAAGGCUUGCGAUAUAAUCCAAUCUUUCCAUACUUUAAAUAUAUGAGAGAGAAGACAGGGGCGUUUCAAGUUCUACUUGAUGAGCAAGUUUCAUCUAAGAGUGGGACAGGGGUUGUCCCCCUGUCACCCUACUUUGGAGAGGAUGAUUAUCGCGUGUGUUUGAAGUAUGGUGUGAUCACCCAAGGCAUGGACAUUAUAAGUCCUGUUGAUGAAACUGGAAAAUUUACGGAUGAGAUUGAAGAUUUCAAAGGAUUGUAUGUCAAGGAUGCCGACAAAUGUAUUAUUAAGUACUUGAGAGAAAAAGGUCGUUUGGUACAUCAGGCAACUUUCAAACAUAAAUACCCAUUCUGCUGGAGGUCGGAGACACCAUUAAUCUUCAAAGCUGUGCCCAGCUGGUUUGUAAGGGUGGAACAGGCAGCAUCCCAUCUUCUAGAGAACAACCAGAAAACAUACUGGGUUCCAAAUUUUGUGAAAGAAAGGAAAUUCGCAGAUUGGCUCCGUGAACCCCAGGACUGGGUAGUAUCCCGUAACAGGUAUUGGGGAACACCCAUCCCUAUUUGGAUCAGUGAAGAUGGAAAAGAGAUUGUUUGCGUCGGAUCAUUGGAGGAACUGAAGCAGCUGUCGGGUGUAGAAGUCACAGAUCUCCACAGAGAAUUUUUGGACAAUGUCACCAUUCCUUCCAAACUCGGAAAAGGAUUGCUGAGACGUACCCCUGAAGUGUUUGACUGUUGGUUUGAUAUUGGCUGCGUACCGUAUGCGCAUAUUCACUAUCCCUUCGAAAGGAAGAAUGAUUUUGAUGAUUCUUUUCCUGCCGACAUCAUUGCUGAGGGUCUUGAUCAAACAAGAGGAUGGUUCUACACACUGCUUGUGCUAUCCACUCUACUCUUUGAAAAACCGGCAUUCAAAAAUGUCAUCGUCAAUGGAAUUGUCUUGGCUGAGGAUGGAAAUAAAAUGAGCAAAAGACUGAAGAACUACCCAGAUCCAAUGCUGAUAGUCCACAAAUACGGUGCUGAUGCACUCAGGUUUUAUCUGUGCAACUCCCCAGCUUUGAAGGCAGAAGGUCUAAGAUUCAAGGAGAAGGAUGUAGAAGGAGUGGUGAAGAAUGUGUUUCUUCCUUGGUAUCACGCCUAUAGAUUCUUCAUGCAAAAUGUCGACAAUUAUCAAACUGAAAAUUGUUUAAAUUUUCUGUGCAAAGAGCAUAAGAUCAGGAAACGAGCCAACUAUAUGGAUCGCUGGAUUCUGUCACUGGCACAAUCACUUAUCAAGUUUGUUCGAGAUGAAAUGCAAGCUUAUCGCCUGUACACGUUGAUGCCAAGACUCGUACAAUUUAUAAAGCAGCUUACCAACUGGUACAUUAGAAUGAACAGAAGGAGGAUAAAGGGAGAAAAUGGCCCCUCUGAUUGUAGGAUGGCCUUGGAAACCUUAUUCACUGUUCUAAUGACCAUGAUUAGACUUCUGGCUCCAAUGAUUCCAUAUAUCACGGAAUAUAUGUUCCAGGGUCUUAGGAAUUUUAUCGAUCCCGAGUCAGUGGGAACACAUGACACUAGAAGUGUUCAUUUCCUUAUGAUACCCAGUUACCGGUAAGAAAUGG